AAGGACCUCUUAUGAGAUGGCCAAGGCGUACUUCAAGCGCCAGGAGGUCGCCUAAUAAAUGUGUCUUUUUCCCCACUGGCCCGAUCGCAUGGAUUCGACUUCCACAUUACCCAUCAUAAAUCUCCGUCCUGGGGCCUCGUGUAAGGCCUCCCGCGACCAACAGAACAAUGAUCAAAACAACUUAAAAUAAAUUUUCUCUAAAAAAAAACUAUAAUAAGAAGGCCGGUUGAUAGCGGCCACGUGUCACGUGCGAAGGGCGGAAAUGCGACACAGAGGAGAAUUCUAAGCCAUGUUGCGGGCAGAGUUCCCUGGCGUGGGUGGCGGCGUUCAUACUCUCGAUUCUCUUUGUUACCUCUCUAUGCUGAUUCUUCUGCUCUCACGCGUGCGCUCCGUUUCUCCCAUUACCGGUUUUUUCGGAUGUACACGAAAUGUCCAAGACAUUCGGAGGCGGAAAAUUCUGGCUGGAACCACAGCGGAUGAGGCGGAGCGAGGACGUCUUACCCUUUCUUCGGUACCUCUUUUCACCUUUGGUCAUCAGGUUUCAUUUUCGUGGUUGGUCAUGGUUGAUAUACACCUUGUGGGACGGAUUGUGUCGGGAAAAGUGCGAGAGCUUUUCUUGGAUCGCCCUAUGUAUGCUAUAUUUGUACCGGCGUUGACACGCAAGGGAAGUGUUUCUGGAGGCUUUGUUCCUUUUCUCUUAUGGUUCUAUUUUCUUCAUUUGAUUGACUUCCGAAUCUUGGAAUAUUUCUUCUGAUAUAUUACGCAUUUGGAACCCAUGUAUACAUAGACGGGAUAUGAUAUGGCAGGCAGUUACUUGAGUUAGUACACCAGCCAAGCUGAGCUGGCGCAGAUAUCCAUUUUCGUUAAUAUAAAGGAUUGACACUCGACUCCACUCUGGG